AUGUCGUCCUCAGCCAUGCCAGAUGUACCUGCCCCACUCACCAAUGUGAAGUUUAAAUAUACUAAGAUCUUCAUAAACAAUGAAUGGCAUAGUUCAGUGAGUGGUAAGAAAUUUCCAGUCUUUAAUCCCGCAACUGAGGAGAAACUCUGUGAGGUGGAAGAAGGAGAUAAGGAAGAUGUUGACAAAGCAGUGAAGGCUGCAAGACAAGCUUUUCAGAUCGGCUCCCCAUGGCGUACUAUGGAUGCUUCAGAGAGAGGACGGCUGAUAAACAAGUUGGCUGACUUAAUUGAAAGAGAUCGUCUGCUUCUGGCGACAAUGGAGGCAAUGAAUGGUGGAAAAAUAUUUUCCAAUGCAUAUCUGAUGGAUUUAGGAGGCUGCAUAAAAACAUUACGCUACUGUGCAGGCUGGGCUGACAAGAUCCAGGGCCGUACGAUACCCAUGGAUGGAAACUUUUUUACAUAUACAAGAAGUGAGCCUGUUGGUGUGUGUGGCCAAAUCAUUCCUUGGAAUUUCCCGUUGCUCAUGUUCCUCUGGAAGAUAGGGCCUGCCCUUAGCUGCGGAAACACAGUGGUUGUCAAACCAGCAGAGCAAACCCCUCUGACUGCUCUUCACAUGGGAUCUUUAAUAAAAGAGGCUGGGUUUCCUCCUGGAGUAGUGAAUAUUGUCCCUGGUUAUGGGCCUACUGCAGGGGCAGCCAUUUCUUCUCACAUGGAUGUAGACAAAGUGGCCUUCACAGGAUCGACAGAGGUUGGCAAACUGAUCAAAGAAGCUGCUGGGAAAAGCAAUCUGAAAAGGGUGUCGCUGGAACUCGGUGGAAAGAGCCCUUGCAUUGUGUUUGCUGACGCCGACCUGGACAAUGCUGUCGAAUUUGCACACCAAGGAGUAUUCUAUCACCAGGGCCAAUGUUGUAUAGCUGCAUCCCGUCUCUUUGUAGAAGAAUCAAUUUACGAUGAGUUUGUUCGAAGGAGUGUUGAGCGAGCGAAAAAGUAUGUUCUUGGAAAUCCUCUGACCCCAGGAGUCAGUCAAGGCCCUCAGAUUGAUAAAGAACAAUAUGAAAAAAUACUUGACCUCAUUGAAAGUGGGAAGAAGGAAGGGGCCAAGCUGGAAUGUGGAGGAGGCCCAUGGGGGAAUAAAGGCUACUUUAUCCAACCCACAGUUUUCUCUGAUGUUACUGAUGAGAUGCGCAUUGCCAAAGAGGAGAUAUUUGGACCUGUGCAGCAAAUCAUGAAAUUUAAGUCUUUAGAUGAUGUAAUCAAGAGAGCAAACAAUACUUUCUAUGGGUUAUCAGCAGGAAUUUUUACCAACGAUAUUGAUAAAGCCAUCACAGUCUCCUCUGCUUUGCAGUCUGGGACCGUGUGGGUGAACUGCUAUAGUGUGGUAUCUGCCCAGUCCCCCUUUGGUGGAUUCAAGAUGUCUGGAAAUGGUCGAGAACUCGGAGAAUAUGGUUUCCAUGAAUACACAGAAGUCAAGACGGUCACAAUCAAAAUUUCUCAGAAGAACUCAUAA